UUGUAGCGCAAGAAAACGUUUCCCAGUUCAUAUUUAAGCUUUUGCAGAGUUUCAGAAAAUUCAUCCGAUUAAAUUUUCAGUCUCUGCAAUUCAUCUGCUUGAAGUCUACAAAAAUCAGUAUAUCUUCUUUUUUGUGGACCCAAUAAGUGCCGCAAACUUUGAUUGAGCUAAAACUGUAUUGUGUUUGUUCUUUCUUUCAGUUGUUGAAAGAGACGAUGAUGAAAAUUGAUUUUGGUGGGCUCGAUCCCUCGGCACCUAUAAAGGGUAAUAGGGAUGAUUUGCAUGAUGAAAUUUCAGCUCCACCAUCUUUCAAGCUUCCUACUACUGUUGAUUUUGAUGGGUUUCAGAAAGCUGCAGUACAAAUGGUGAAGCCUGCAAAGGGAACAACUACUUUGGCUUUUAUUUUUAAAGGGGGUGUCAUGGUGGCCGCCGAUUCCCGUGCUAGCAUGGGAGGAUAUAUAUCAUCACAAUCUGUCAAGAAAAUCAUUGAAAUAAACCCAUACAUGCUUGGUACGAUGGCUGGAGGAGCUGCCGAUUGCCAGUUCUGGCACAGAAAUCUGGGAAUUAAGUGCCGUUUACAUGAAUUGGCAAACAAGAGAAGAAUUUCCAUUGCUGGAGCUUCAAAGCUGUUGGCCAACAUUCUGUAUUCUUACCGAGGAAUGGGUUUAUCUGUUGGGACUAUGAUUGCUGGCUGGGAUGAACAGGGCCCGGGUCUCUACUAUGUGGACAGUGAAGGUGGAAGACUUAAAGGCACCAGAUUCUCGGUUGGCUCUGGUUCACCAUAUGCUUAUGGUGUUUUGGACAGUGGAUACCGUUUUGACAUGUCGGUUGAGGAAGCUGCUGAGCUGGCAAGACGAUCAAUCUAUCAUGCCACUUUUCGUGAUGGUGCUAGUGGUGGUGUUGCCAGCGUUUAUCACGUUGGGCCGGACGGGUGGAAGAAGCUGUCCGGAGAUGAUGUUGGGGAGCUACAUUACCAUUACUAUCCUGUUGAGUCAGCGUCUGUGGAGCAUGAGAUGAUUGAUUGAGGUUGAUUUCACGUGAUUGAGGGAGCCCGUGAUUAAGAUGGGUUGUGUUAUUUGCGUUUGCUUCAGAUUGUACGUGGGUACGAUUUAAUCUGCCUUAAUUCCUAAUCUGUUUGUAAUUUUUUCAGUUUCGUAUGAAACAACUUGCUUUUCAUCAUCAGCUCGAAAAAACUUCUUUCGAUCCAUGGUUUUCAUCUUGGAAAGAAAAAAAAAUGGGAAAAACUGAGGAAUUUUGGUAAGUGGUUAAUAAGAUAUUCUGAAAACAGUUUUAGAAUUCGUGUUUUUUAUGAAUAUAGGAUUGAGGAUGACGGCAAAUUCGACCCUACAUCGAGUUUUUUGUUCUUUGAUACAUAUGAAUAUGUGUUGAUCUAAUGGUAAAAAAGGCGGGUCGAUUUUGCCUAGAAUAGGUACAAAAAACAUGUGUGGCUGGACAAGAUUCAUAAUUUUGUCCAAAAAAAUUGCCAUUUUUUGAAUGAACUGCCUCUAGCUGUGAAGGGGCUGACACAAGUUUUUUGGGUAAACAUUAUAUUGAUGGUUAAGCUUUCAAUUUUUAUUUCUUAUAAGAAGGAUAAA